UUACCACGGUACAUGGGUUUAUCUUCAGUUUAAGAAAGCUUGUAUCCCAUCAAAAGGCCCAAAUAUAGAGCACAGUGAGAAACUCGCAAAAGCCAAUGGCUAUUUUUAACAGACUACAUACCGUGGUAUGCGAAAAAGAUAAAAAAAUACGUCAGAACACAUAUGUGGAAAAAGAAACCACCGCAGAGAAGUCUGACAUUUCUCUAUUUUUAGGCGUCCUUGUAAAUUUACGAUUAAAAUCUGUUUAGACGAUUAACAUCAUGGUCUUAACGCACCAAAGCGUCGUGUGCUUUCGUGACAAGCCUUGCGAAAAUCAGUAACACGACUAAAUAGGGAACGUCAGAUUAACAACUUUUUCAAGAACUCUUCACUCUUCAGCGAUGACAACUGAAACUUGAUUGAAACACACGCACAGCUUUAAAUAACAAGAAAGUAGUGCUUGAACUAAAGAGGCUUAAACGAAAAAUCACUAUUCCGUGAGGCGCAAUGUUUCCAGAAUAAAUGGGGGUCAAUUUUCGCUAAGGCAUCGGACAGCAUACACAGCACUCACGAUAAAUCAAACCACGUUACGCACGCAGAGAAAUUGUCGGCGCCAAUUUGAUCGCAAAUAGCUAAACAUCAUAUUUUUAUUGUGACUACAGAUGCGCUAUUUGAAUAAGAGGAGACAAAAUUUGUCCUACAAAGUUGCGCAAGUCUGUCUGUUUGGGUUUCGUUGGUUCCAGAGCUGCACACCGCACCUGCCAGCACAGAAAAAUUCCGCGUCAACGUCACGCGAAAGUUCAUCAGUGAGGUCAGAUUUGUCGAAUGAGUGUUUUUAAGAGAAACAAAAUUACUGACAUUCCUUCGGUGCUGUAUAAAUACGCUGUCAUUGCGGUCCUCAAACCCAGGGAAAGUGUUCGAGAGGAGAUACACACGAGCUUUGACUCGCCAGCUCUGCAGCUUCGUCGAGGAAAAAAUAUGUCGCGGAAAAUGAGCAGUAGCGCGUUUGUGCAUUGCGCGGCAACACUGCUUCUUUUAGUGGCAUUUUCGUUCCUACGUGUUCUCAGCAUUUUGCCCAGAACGAGAUCGAUCGUUAUUAAAAUGAUGGACUUGAUAUCAGUAGUACCUCUGCCAAAGGAAAUGUACUGGAAUUCACUGUUCAAUUGGGAGAUGUUAAAAUCUGUGCGCAAUUCCAUCCAUCUCGAGCUGCAAAAAACUGCAAGAAAGGACCACACUGCUCCGGACCCUCUCCUAAUUUCCUUAAACGGAGAGUCGCAAAGUCGACUGCUUAGCUUUUGCAAGGGGAGCCGUCCACUAGUUGUCAACUUCUGCAGCUGGACUUGUCCAGUUUUCAGAGCAAGGGUGGGCGAAUUUCUAAACGUAGUGCAAGAAUUCAGUGAUGUCGCUGAUUUCCUUUCUAUCUACGUCGAGGAAGCUCAUCCAACGGACGGUUGGGCCUUUGAGAACAACGUCGAAAUUUCAACCCACAAGACCUUAGAGGAUAGAUGCCAAGCCGCAAAGCUCAUGCAGGACUCUGUGCAGUUUAACUGUCCCAUAAUGAUAGAUACAAUGGAGAAUGAAGCUAAUAAUGCAUACGCUGGGUUACCUAUCAGACUUUACGUGAUAAAGAACAAGAAAGUGAAAUUUGCUGGUUUAGCUGGACCGACAUUCUACGACCCACAAAAUGUGAGACAGUGGCUUAAGGAAUACAAGGUUGAGUUUAUGAAAACUGGCCGUCAUCGGGCGUAAAGUAUUGGGAACAACUGCGUCAAGGAACAAACAAGACUCUAAUGACAAAUGCAUCUCCAUCGAAAAAGCCACGCAAGGAAAUACAAUUAGGAUAAAUGACUAAAACCGGAAGUUUAUAACAAUGCAUCAACGAAAAGAUCUGGGAAUCCUCGCUUCAAACGUUUCGAACAAUGACCAAGAACGAUGUCGAAAGAAACACUUAUAUUUAAGGUAGAUUCGAGGUAGCAACAAACAAAGAGAUUUUGUUGACGUGUUUUGAUGCCGUGGUAGACCGCGUUACUGCAAUGUUUUUUUUUAACUUACUUACAAGCAGUUGAGUCACUGAUCUGUAGAAACAGCGUCUUAGACGGUCGCGACAACUUUAAUUCUAAGCUCUGUAUAAUAAUUGAUGAAAGGGAACCUUUGUAGCUCAACUAGUCAAUCCAUCGUGCGAAAACACGAAUGUAAAUAAAACGCGUGUUAACUAGUCUA